AUGCAACGGUUCUCAGAUUCAGACGAUGCGUCGGUGCCGUUGGCCGAAGUGGAGGACUCCAACCGGGUUUCCCUUGAAGAGGAGAAUAUCAGAACCGGUGUUUCGGAGUUAGGAGCUGUUGAGACGCCUGGGCGGUCAGGCAGUGUGCGUGUAUUGCAUGUAGGGUCUGCCCUACUGUCUGUCUUCGCAAUUCUACUGAUCUUGACGAAAUGCGCCGGCAAUACCCACUCGUUGAAGGGAAGAAAGAUCGCGGGACGGCAGCUGGCAGGAAGGGAUGGGAGACACAUGAAAGAUCGCAUGGUCGACGAAAUCGUGCAGCUGUGUUUGGAACUAGAGGAGGACCAUCCCGAUAUUUUCCAGCCUUCGGAAACGGUACAACCGAUACAGCCGGCACCUCCUCCUUCUGGGGAUGCUUCACCGGAACUACAAAAAACGCAGCCAGGCGCUGGAAUGCAGCCAAUCUCUGUAACACAGCCAAGCGCGGUAACGCAGCCAGGCGCGGUAACGCAGCAACGCGCGGUAAUGCAGCCAAGCCCAGUAAUGCAGCCAAACCCGGUAGUGCAGCCAAGAGCGGCAAUGGACUCCAGCGUGGAAGAUGCUUGGCUUUCGGGCUGGGGAGUAGUGCCCGAUGUAUCGUCUGACGUCUCUCAGUCCCCCCAUGUACCUGCUACAAGUAGGGAAUAUGGCUAUUUGGGAGGCGUUCCAGGGGCAGGGGAGGGUCUUGGAUCGCCAGACGAAGGGCCAUCCACAUCUGCGUGGGGCUCGAACUCUAUGGUACCAUCUGCCGGCGGGGUGGUCAACCCUGAUCCAUCGGAACCCAACUAUUCUUUUCUUCCCCGGGGUGAGGAGACAAGCUCUCCGUUGGAUUCUGGCGAGCGUGGAGCACACCUCAUGGCCUCUCAACCUCAGCCAGAGCCUGAAACUGGUUCAUUAACUCAGUUGGUUCAGCCCAGCACACAGGACGGCAUCCCCACUGGAAUUCCUAUGGCAUUUGCUGGGAGAAAAAGGAAAUUCGAGGAAAUAGCAACUAGCGUUUCGUCGAUAUCUGCCGAUGGUUUGGACCGUCUACCAGCUUCUGAGAGGCGAAUGAUGUAUGAGGCAAUUCGCGGGUGGACAACUCGCUCGACGCGACAACAAUCGAGUGGCGCGCCGUUGAUCCGCGCAAUGCUCCAAGCAUCAGGUCGUUCAAGCGCGGUUCAAGCCAGUGAUGGAGGGGACAAUUCAGCUCAACUCAGCGCCAUCUUGAGGGACAGUUCUCGCGAUCAUCCCUUUUACAAAACACCAACAUUGCAACAAGGUGUUACUUGGAGGCCGUUUUCGUUGGAUGUUGCACGUGCAUGUAACCCUCGUGUGCAUUCAAUAGAUUUCAAUCUGCGGUAUAUGCGUACGCUGCUUUUGCAAGAUGCGAUUCAACAGAACGAGAUGAAAGGCUUUAUCAACAAAAUGGAAGUGAUCGCAGGCUACCUGCUGGAAUUCCAUUGUAAGUCUGUGCUUUCAGCAACUCCGCGAGAUGCUGCUCGACACCUAGGCGUCCGCUAUUUGAUAUUGGACACACUUUAUGCAGCAACCGAGGUGUUGGGAAAGCCUGGGAAUGCCAAUUCUUGGUGGGCAGAACUCGUGAAAAACAUUCCAUGCGAGGUGGCAGAGUAUGACUGUGAAAGGUCCCUAGGACCUCAAUUUUUGGCGAACGUAAAGACUGCAAGAGAAUUGAGCGUAGCGUUGCAGAAGCUUAAAUUGGGUGUUCGUCCCAGCAGCUUGGAAACUGUACGCCUGAAGCGGAUGCUAUUUUGCGAAGACACAUCACCUCCAUUUUUCAGAAGUAGAAAUUGGGAUCCUUGGAGACAGGAUAACAAUCGAUGGUUGGGCCGAGGCCAUCGUAAGUAG